GAUUUCGAUCCCGGAGUUCUCAAUCUGGAAGAACUCGAUCUCGAAGUUCUCAAUCUGGAAGAUUUCGAUCCCGUAGUUCUCAAUCUCGAAGAACUCGAUCCCGAAGUUCUCAAUCUGGAAGAUCUCGAUCCCGGAGUUCUCAAUCUGGAAGAACUCGAUCCCGAAGUUCUCAAUCUGGAAGAUAUCGAUCCCAGAGUGCUCAAUCUCGAGGGUCCCGAUCAGGGAGUUCUAAAUCUCGAAGAUCCUGCUCCCGAAGUUUUUCGUACAACAAUAUGAAAGAGACGACAUUGGAUGAAACUGUUGAAUUAGAUGAGUUUAUAUUGGAACUUCGAAGACUCCAAUCCAUAAUUUCUCGAUCUCAAAGAUUGCCAUCCCAAAAUUCUCGAACUCAAACAUCCCAUAGUCCUCGAUCCCGAGGUUCUCAAUCUCGAAGAUCCCAAUCCCAGAAUUCCCAAUCUCGAUCUUGGAGUUCUCGAUCGCAAAGUUUCCGAUCUGUGAGUUCUCAAUCACUAAGAUCACAAUCCCGGAAUUCUCAAUCACUUAGAUCCCGAUUCCGGAGUUCUAAGUCUCGAAGAUUCCGAUCCGGGAGUGCUCAAUCACAAAGGUUUCGAUCUGGGAGUUCUCAAUCACUAAGAUCACGAUCGCGGAGUUCUCGAUCACUUAGACCCCGAUUCCGGAGUUCUAAGUCUCGAAGAUCCCGAUCCAGGAGUGCUCAAUCACAAAGGUUCCGAUCUCAAAGUUCUAAAUCGCAAAGAUCCCGAUCCGGGAGUUCUAAGUAUCGAAGAUCCCGAUCCCGAAGUUUUCACUACAACAAUAUGGAAGAAAUGGAAGAAAGGUCAGCUGUUAAAACUACAGUAUUAGAGGAAUUAAGAUCGGAACUUCAAAGACUACAGAAUUACAAGGAUAAAAAUCCCCAAAUGGAUGUGGAACAAAGAAAAUCUAACCUUUAUCCAGGUGGAAUCCCUAAUAUUGAAAUAAGUAAGCCCAGUUCCCCUCCAAAGGCCCAGAAACAUAAACCUAAAGUUUCCGGAACCCCGAAGCCCGGAAGUGGUCCUGGAUCUGUUCUACGAGCUCUGGCCAGCAUUUAUCAAGGUAGAGAUGAGUACAUGAAGAAUAGAGAAAUACAGAGACAAGUCUCUGUAUUCUGUCAACUACGGAAACUGGAGCGUCCUACCAAGGACGCUGUUGAUACAGCCCUCAGUCCUAACAGUUUGCAGAGACACGGAUGGAUUCAUAGGAAACAGAACAUGUACUGUAUCACACAGUCAGGACUAGACAUGGCCAAACAAAUAAACCAGGUAAAUUCAAACACUACAGUGAGAACUAGAAAACUGACGAAUAUGAAGACGACAUUUAAACAAUUUUAAAAUGUUAAUAGCUAUGGAACCCAGCUUUGCCCAGAAACAAAACUUUCUCUAUUAACCCACUUAAAUAAACAAACAAACGGAGAUUACUACUAUAUAUGGAUACUCUAAAAAUAGUGUUGCCCAGGGUAAGCAAAGUUAGUACCUCCGUUUACCCGCACUUGGUCUUAAACUUCGAUUUUAGCUAUUUUUCGACCCACUUAACUUGAAAUCUUAAAACCUAGCUAAUAACAUUCCCAUGGUUCUCCCGAGAUUCCCAAUUAAAAUUUGAGGCAAAUCGGGCCAGGGUUGAUGAAUUAUGGUCAGACAUACAGCAAACGA